AUGAUUACAUUGAAGACGUCUACAGACAAUAGCAGAUCUGGCGAGACUCAAUCCUCAUCAAGCCUCUUCAAUGACGUCAUAGUCUCGCGAUAUACAGUAUAAGACGAGAUGCUGCGAGAACCCUCGCCACUUUGUACAGGACACUAUGACUAUCUUCCUACCUGUAGCGGCUCUGCUUGUAACCCUAGGCUGUGUGUUCGGUGCUGGGGAUGUACCAAAAUGUGAUAAGGCCAUAACAUCCAAGAUGAUAAAAGCAACUGACAUCAUACCUACGAUCCAGAAAAACGGACAGUACUCUUACGUGGUUGUCUCUUCGGACGAAGCCAAGGUCCUCGGCAUAAAAGUCAAGUGUAUUGGAAUCAAAAUGGCUAACCCAUCAACUGUACAAGUCAAUUACAAACUUUCCAGUUUGCUACCAUCGCAAUUCACAUUCCCUGUUAGAGAAGAAGAAGGAGUUCUCAUACAAAAGGACAGCAAGGAGUACAAACUGUACGUAAUGUACAUGGGUGACGGAGUCAUCUUCACCUACCGUUGCUGUGAUACUUGUACAUCCACGAAACCCAAUGUUGGAAUAGCAGUAGCCAACAAAUUGCAGUACACACCUGCCACGAAAUCGGCGCUGAAGACUGCCAAAGAAAAGAUGAACGAACUAAACUUGGGAUCGGACGUUACUACUUUGCCUUACUGUUAAUGAACUUCCUUUCUGUAUACAAACACUUCUGACAUAAGCGAUUGAAAAUAUAUUGAUUUUUGUUA